AUGGCUUCGAGGAAGAAGGCGAGCAAGAAAUUGAGCCAUUCGAAUCGGGAGCAGCAGCAACCAUCUCAUCCUUCCAAAUUUGGGAUACAACACUUCUUCGAGCGCCACUCUCAGAGCCAGAAAACCCUCUCUCAUGGCGGAGAUGCUAAUCCUAGUUCAAUUUCUGCAUCAACCACCGGCCACAACCCACAACUUGUACCUAAACCCCUUUUAAAUUGUAAGCUUGAGAAUAAUUUGGAUCCCAUUCAAGUGGGAGAUGAGAAUCCAGUUAGCAUGCCCAAUACAGAGAAGAUUCAGCCUGUGACCAAGACUUCGAUUGAUGCCAAUGAUGGUGUUUCUGAGAAUGUUGGAUGCAGAGAUCAUUUGCCCCUCCCCAACAAGUCUGAUGGGGCUUCUCGAGCUUUUGGGAACGGUUCCAAUUUAGAACUCGCGGAUAUAAACAAAAGAAAAUAUUUGAAGCAAGCUGAGAAUUCCAAAGAUUCACUAAUAGAGAAUACAAUAUCGGUGAUGAUAGAUGAUUUAGAUAAUCAAUUGGAGGUGUCACCGGAGGCCUCCAAGUCCGUCUCUGUUAAACGUUUCAAGUUUUCCCCUGGAAUGUUAAUUAAGCAGAGCCAGGAUGAUAUUAUUGAUGAGGUGACAUGGAAAAUUUCACCUGUUAAUGAGAGACUUAAUGCUAUGUCCAAGAAUCUACCAAGGAAGGCCAGAAUAUUGGCUGAUUCUACAAGGUUCAACUCAUUGAAUUUUCAGCCAUGUUCACAGAAAAAGGUACAAACUUCUCCUGGAAUGUCAGGACAGCUUGAAAAAUGGCUAUCUUCGCCUCCACUCAAGCCAGAAAAAAAAUAUUUGUCAUGCUCUCACAGGCAAGCUUCACAAAAGCUCAAGCCCCCUCACGAUAUAAGCUGCUGUGAGAACACUAGAAAUACAAGUAGCAGUGAUAAAUCUGAGGCACGAAAUAGUCAGAGCCCUUUCAGCACUCCACCAUCUCUGUCUUGUUGCCCUGUAAAGGCACUUGAGGACGUGGAUUUGGAUAGCGGCCUGGAUGAGCUGGGUUCAAGGCAGCACAAAAAGGCAUUAAUAGAACUUUUAGAUCAAGUAGAAGAUGUAAUGUCUGUUGAGCAUUCAUCAUGUAAAGCCAAGGAAAUGCUUUUAGAUGAUGAGAGACGUCAAAACAAUGAUGUAAACAACUGGCUCAACAAUUCGCAGCAAACUCAAUGUAGUAAAGACUCUAACUGCAAUUUUCUUGUGUUGGAGGUUUCAGAGAAGCGUGGAUGUGCUGAAUCAUCAGGUUCUCAAACAUCCUUUAAGGUGCUGCGCUUAUUAAAUGAACGAAAUGGAACAGAACAAACUUUGCAACUGUGGGAUGAAUGGUACUUUAGUGUUGUUGCUCCUGGAGAUACUGUUAAUGUGAUUGGUGAGUUUGAUGCUCUGGGGAAGUGUGAUGUGAAUUGCAAGAGAAAUUUUCUCAUUGUCCACCCUGAUAUCUUGGUUUCUGGUACUCGGGUUUCUGCGAGUUUCAGCUGCCCAAGACGCACCAUCCUUGAUGAGAGAUUAAAGCAUAACGAGCAUUCUAUUGCAGCAUUGAUGGGUACCUUAUUGCAUCAGAUAUAUCAGGCUGGUCUCAUCACUGGAUUCCCUACAAAAGAAUUCUUGGAGGAGUAUGCGAAAACAGUGCUUCAGAAAAAUCUGGAGAGCAUAUACGCAUGUGAAGCGAAUGAAAAGGAUAUUUGGAAGACUUUGAUUGGGGCAAUUCCUAAGAUACUGAAUUGGAUAUCCUCUUUUCGUGAUUCAGAGGGCUCCACAAGUCCAAGCAUUGAUUUUAAAUGUGAUGAAGGGCUUAAGAAGAUCAAAAUUUCUGAGGUAAUUGAUAUUGAAGAAAUGGCUUGGGCACCAAAGUAUGGAUUGAAAGGAAUGGUCGAUGCUUCUGUCCGUGUAAGAAGUAUUACUACCUCAGGACAAGUUAGUGAGAUAAUUAUGCCUCUGGAGUUCAAGACUGGGAAGGGAACUAGUGGACAGACUGCUAUGGAGCAUAGUGCACAAGUUAUGUUAUACACUCUCCUGAUGUCAGAGAGAUACAUGAUGAAUAUUGAGUAUGGUCUUCUGUAUUAUCUUCACACUGAUCAAACACAGGGAGUCUCUGUACGAAGGUCUGAUUUGAUUGGGCUGAUAAUGCGUCGUAAUGAGCUUGCAAAUGACCUGCUUAAGGCAUUGACUACUCAGCACUUGCCACCAAUGUUACAAAAUCCAAACAUAUGCAGAAGCUGUCGCCACCUCAGUGUCUGUAAUAUUUACCACAAGGCACAUGGUGGAAACGCUGAAGGAAGUGGAGUGGGUGAUGUGUACGAUUCACUUGUUUCGCAUUUAACGACCAUACACAUUGCUUUUCUCAAAAAGUGGGAGAGAUUAAUUGAUCUGGAGGCUAAACAUUUGGCGGUUGCGAGGAAAGAAAUCUGGUGCUCAGACAAUUCAAAAACUAAUCACCAUCCCAUUUUCCUAUCAUCGCUAAUUUUGGAUGCUUCUGAUAAGCCAUCUCAGAGAAAAGCCUUCAGGGGUAAUCAAUUUAUUUAUCGGUUUGUGCAUCAACAAAUUCAUUCACUUGACGCAGAACAAAGAAAUGGCCAUUCUUCCAAUUUGUCCUCUUCCUUAGAGUAUAUAUUCAGGAAUGGUGACUAUGUGGUAUUAAGCACAGAACCUGGUCAUCUACGAGUGUCUAAUGGAGUCAUUGUAGACAUUGGUGACUCCCAUGUUUCUGUUUCUUUUGCAAAGCGAUUAAGGCUUCCUUGGCAUAAUCCUGGGUCAAUGUCAGAAGCUCUCCGUCAACAAUCCUGGAGAAUUGACAAAGAUGAAAUUAUGUCAUCAUUUGCAAUUAUGAGGUACAAUCUUAUUCAACUCUUUUUGCAAGAUGAAAAUAGUUCUCAUCUGAGGAAGUUGGUUGUUGAUCUUGAGAUGCCUAGAUUUGACAGUGGCUGCAUAUUUAGUCAGGAUCCUGCUAUUUCAUAUGUCUGGUCCGAGAAAAGUUUGAAUGAAGAUCAAAGAAGAGCAAUACUCAAGAUACUCACAGCUAAAGAUUAUGCCCUCGUUCUUGGAAUGCCUGGGACAGGCAAGACAUCCACAAUGGUGCAUGCUGUGAAGGCACUAUUGACGAGAGGUUCAUCCAUUUUGCUUACAUCCUACACAAACUCAGCUGUUGACAACUUACUAAUCAAGUUGAAAGCUCAGGGUAUAGAUUUUAUAAGACUCGGUAGAUAUGAAACUGUACAUGAAGAAAUUCGAGAAAAUUCCUUAUCAGUAAUGAAUAUGAAUAGCACUCUAGAGAUUGAGGAAAAGCUGGAUAAAAUUAAUGUUGUUGCAGUCACUUGCUUGGGGAUAACUAGUCCGUUGCUAAGUAGGAAGAAAUUUGAUGUAUGCAUCAUGGACGAAGCAGGGCAGAUAACUCUACCGGUUUCGCUGGGGCCAUUGACUUUUGCUUCAAAGUUUGUUCUUGUUGGCGAUCAUUAUCAAUUACCGCCACUUGUCCAGAGUCCAGAGGCUAAGGAGAAUGGAAUGAGUGUGAGUCUCUUCUGCAGGCUCUCAGAAGCACAUCCACAGGCAGUCGCACCUCUCCAUUACCAGUACCGCAUGUGCGCAGCCAUAAUGGAGCUGUCAAAUGCUUUGAUAUAUGGAAAUAGGUUGCGUUGUGGUUCUACAGAAAUAGAGAAUGCAAAGCUCAAGUACAGGUGUUCAACAUCUAUAUCUUCAUGGCUGCUGGAGGUUCUGAACCCCAGCCAACCUGUAAUAUUUAUCAAUACAGAUUCUUUGCCUGCGUACGAGAGUAGUGAUCGCAAGGCUCUAAGCAACCCAGUGGAGGCAAAUAUUAUUGCAGAGGUCACCAAAGCUCUUUUACUGAGAGGGGUUGAGGUGCAAGAUAUUGGCAUCAUUACUCCAUACAACUCUCAGGCCAAUCUCAUUCGAGGAGUUGUUUGUGAUCCCGUGGAGAUACAUACCAUUGACAAAUAUCAGGGGAGAGAUAAGGACUGCAUAUUGGUGUCUUUCGUGAGGUCGUGUGCAAAUCCAAGGAAUAAUAAUGCAUUCUCUCUGCUUGGAGACUGGCACAGAAUUAAUGUAGCCCUCACACGUGCCAAGAAGAAGUUGGUGAUGGUGGGUUCUUGUGGAACACUUUCCAAGGUGCCACUUUUGAAGCUCCUCAUUGACAAGGUUGAAGAGCUUUCUGGCUUGUUGAUUGUUUCCAAAAAGGAUAUUAGUCAUCAGCUUGAACUAAAGAGAUGCUCCCACUCCAAUUGA